CAAAAAUGGAAGAAAGACUCAAGCAUGAUAAAUUGCUCAGGAUCUUCCUGAAGUUCCCUGCUGUCAUGAACAUCGCCUUACUGACUGGGAUGACCGUUGCAUUCCAUGUCUUUGUAGUUAGUAACUACUAUACCCAGUAUUCCAAGAGAUUGGCAAUUGUCCUUUCAUGAAUGCAGAUCUUUAUUUAUACAAUGUGAAUGUGGUCAUUGAUCACAAUUUUUUGCAAUGAUCCUGGCUUCGUACCAAAAAAUCUUAAGGACUUAAGACCAGAACUUUAUCAAAGAGUUAAAGCUGAAUCAAAUCAAGAAAUGGGAGGUUUACACCAGAUGAAUGAAAUGACCGCUUCAAAGAGAACCAAGACUGCUGAUUUAGAGUCUCAAGAUAACAGCGCAGAUCUGGAAUCUCAAGACCUUAUUAAGACAGAUGGAAGUGAUGAAAGUACAGAGGCUCAGGAUAAAUCAAAGAAGAGUAAGAAGAACAGAAAGAGAGUCUCAACGAAGGAAAGGAUGACUAGGUUCAAUUAUUGCCAUGAUUGAGAUAACAUUCAGCCACCUAGAGCUCAACAUUGACAUCUCUGAACUAGAUGAAUUUUGAGACACGAUCAUCACUGUCCUUGGGUUGGGAACUGUGUUGGAUACAAUACGUAUAAAAACUUCUUUCUUUUCCUGUUCUACACCUCAUUUGGUGCUCUCCUAGGUGCAAUUUGUUAUAUUUCUGGUUGGUACAAUGGAUUCUUUGGAAGAUUCCCAAAAGACAAGUUCACUAUUGCCACUGCUAUCCCUACAGCUCUGAGUACAAUGACUUUCUUCAGCUUAAGUAUGAUGACCUUCUUCAUCGGAUUCUGCAUUGCGAGGAACCUUAUUAUCAGUGAAAUGUCGUACAUAAAAGGCUUUUUAUCACCUCAUAAUUACUCGAAGUCCACUCUGGAGAACAUCAAGGAAGUGAUGGGUGACAACCCUCUCACUUGGUUUGUCCCUCAGUUCAGAAUACCUAGAAAUUGCAAUGGCAUUGACUACACAGCCAAUGUUUUGGAUUAAAAAUCAACAAAUUACACAAUA